AUGGACAGGACAUCUGCAAGAGCUCGGCUUGAGGAGGCCCUGUCCUCCGCCGACCUGUGCAGUAAGGACAGUGUGCGCCGGCUGGUCAACAAGGCCUUUCUACAUUCACCAGAUGGGGAGCAAUUGGGGUCCGAUGGGGGGGUCUUGAACAGCCGCUUUGAGGAGGUAUGGAGGUUCCUCUCGGAGCUGCGGGGCGUGAGCGGCGAGCUGGCAAAAGAGAGCGCAGUGGUGGACGACAUUGAUGGGAGGGGUUGGAAAGUCAAGGAGGAUACUGGCAACAUGCGUGUGCUGUAUCGGAAGGGUCCGGAGGGGACUCCGCUACACACCCUGUGUCUCGAGGGCAUGAUCAACGGGCCACUUGCGACAGCGCUGUGUGUUGCUUGGGAGGCCCCCUACUUUAAGGACUGGUGGCCGCAGUUCACAGUCCCGACGUUCAAAAUCUCCGAGUCGAAGUGGCUCGAGCAGCCAAAGCCAGGACAGGUUAUUGCGUCUGUCAGGUUCAAGGUGCCUUGGCCCUUCACCGCCCGUGAGAUCGUGCUGGAGGCAUAUGCCGUGGACUAUUUGAUACAGGACGUCCUCAUAGUGCUCAUGAAAACGUUGCCCCCCGGUCCUUCCCCCCUGUCCGAAGACGGCCCCCCCAUUCCCCCCGAGGACAAGGGCAUCACGCGGAUGGAGGUCGUGGGGGGGUACAUCUUCCAGCAAAUCGCCCCCUCGCAGUGCUACUUUCGGACGAUUGCGGACAUCGACCUGAAGCUGGCGCUCGUGCCCGCGUGGGUCAUAAACUUCAUCUCGCGCCAGCUGGCGGGGCUCGGACUCAAGCUGUUCGAAAAGGUCGUCCAGGACGUGACGUCAGCCAAGGACACCAAGUUCGUCAAGGUCUUCCAGCGCCUCCUGGAGACGGACCCCUUUCUGCAGCAGGUCAAGGGGGGCCUCGCGGCGCCCAAAUCGGACGGCCGAAGUGCAGCAGGCUUUCACCGGACGGUCGAGGGGGCGUCCGAGAUGGUGGUUAGUUCGAACCACGGCAAUGCGUCCGGCAGAAGCGCAGAGGUAUCAGAAGCCGAGGUCCGCGUCGAAGAGCAUACCCGGCGGGGAACGGUGACUGAGGUUCGGAGUGACGAAACAGCGGGUGCGAAUGCGUUCUUAUCGAGUCAAGUAGGGGUUCGUUCUCGGACAGAAAAUCGUGAGUCGGGGGUAGCACGCGAAAAUGGCCAAGACCGUCUAGAAGGGUACGUAGAUAAGAAAACGGAGCUUGGGGCUUCGUCAGAUGCAAGGGAGUCAGUCAGCACUUCAGCCGACGGCGGUAGGAAAAAGGGUUCAGUCCCCAGUUUUGACAAGUACAAGCACGCGCAAGCGAAUGGCAGUAUAAGGCGAAACGAUUAUGCACCGGCGAGAGAACGGCCGUCCGUGAGCGAACAAGUGUCCACCAGCGGCGAAGUCCACCACUGCGUUCAGGUGAUUGACAGGGCGAUUGAGUUCUUCAAAGCUCGCAAAAGCGAAGCUGCACACAAAUUAGAUAGGCACAGAGAUGAAGGAGGGUUGCGUAAGGUCGAGUCCAGGGACCAGAGACGAGGUGGGGAAAAGCCGGCGCUGAAUGACGUCACGGACCCGAAUGCUGGUCUUUGGGACCGCAUGGGGCCGGCGAAUGAGGUACACAAAGCAAAUGGCACGCUUGACAGAGCUCUUAAUCUAAUGCGGACGCCUGCAAACUAACACAUACAAGAAGGGAUUUAGGCCGGCCACAGUUGUAUGAUUGCUGAUUAUCUUCUUACAGCUUUCCGUUGUUCUGCUCCGGUUUUAUAUCGAUUUUGUGACCCA